UUUCAACCUCCCGCCACUAAAGACACCACAUUGCACCAGUAACUGAUCAUGAUACUGAGCCAUUGAAUUUAUUCAUCGCCCUCGGGGAGACGCAAACCCCCUGUGACAUCUGAUUGGCUAGUCACGACACUAACCACAAUACCAGCUGACCAGCUAAUGGAAUCUGGCAACGCGAAACCUGGGAUGGUGUCAGCUUCUAGCAGAGAGACCUCAAGCCAGAACUCAGUUAACAAGAGGAAGAUGGGACACACCAAGAUCGAAGUAGAACCGAAUGAAAAAAACGUCAACAAACUUGAGAAUGGCGUCGAUGCAUCCAAAGGUAAAGACAGUGGAGAGGAGAAGAAGGAGAGUGAGCUGCCUCCCGUGUCCGUGUUUGCUCUGUUCCGGUACGCCACGGCCUUCGAGAAAUUCCUCAUCUUCGUGGGCCUUCUGGCUGCCCUCCUCAGCGCCUCCUGCCUGCCAAUCAUGUUCAUCCUCUUCGGCAAUGUUACAGACGCCUUUGUUUACAACGCAAUGCAGACGACGACGAUCCACACUAACACGACACAGUUCAUCGAGGGACUUCCGUUUUUCAACAACAGAUCGAAUCAGACAAAUGACGACUUCUUCCACGAAGUGGUCACAUUCGGCGGGGGCACCAUUGGUAUAGGGGCAGGACUCAUGGUGUUUGGGUACAUCUUCGUGACUACCUUGAACUACGCAGCCGAAGGGCAGGUUUACAGACUUCGAGGAAUGUUCCUGCACAGCAUCUUGAGGCAGGAGAUCGGCUGGUUCGACACCCACCAGACCAAUGACUUUGCGAGCAGAGUCACAGAAGACCUGAACAAGCUGCAAGAAGGCAUUGGAGAGAAGAUCGGCAUGUUCACAUUCUUCAUGAGCACGUUUCUCAUCUGCAUCGUCAACGCCUUUGUCCACGGAUGGCUCCUGACACUCAUUAUCAUCUCAGUGUUCCCUGUUCUUGGCAUUUCCACGGGCAUUAUUGCCAAGGCUCAAUCCAAACUGUCCAGCCUUGAGAUGAAGGAGUACGCCAGGGCGGGCAGCAUCGCCGAGGAAGUCCUCUCGGCCAUCAGGACAGUCGUGGCUUUCGGCGGUGAAGCCAAAGAAGUGGCGAGAUUUAACAACAACCUGAUCUAUGCCAAGAACGCCGGUGUGAAGCGUGGCCUUGUGACCGGCAUAGGCAUGGGCCUCAUGUGGUUCAUCAUCUACGCAGCUUACGCCCUGGCCUUCUACUACGGCACCGGCCUCAUCAUUGAUUCUCGCCCUCCAAAUGGCGAUGGGUCCUUCGAGCCCUCCAAUCUCAUCAUUGUGUUCUUCAGUGUCCUGAUGGGUGCGAUGAACGUUGGACAAUCUGCACCGUACGUUGAAGCCUUCAACGUAGCGCGAGGAGCGGCCGCAACUAUUUUCGACAUCGUUGAGAGGAAAUCAGCUAUCGACCCAACUAGCAAAGAAGGAAAGAAACCAUCUUCAGUCACUGGGACUAUCGAGAUGAAAAAUAUCGUCUUCAAUUACCCUUCAAGGCCAGACGUGCCCAUCCUGCAGGGCGCUUCUUUCAACGUGGAACCUGGGCAAACGGUGGCAUUGGUCGGGGCAUCUGGCUGUGGCAAAUCGACCUGCAUCCAGUUGAUACAACGAUUCUACGACCCUCUCUCGGGAACUGUCUUACUGGACGGGGAGGACAUCCGCCAGCUCAACAUUGGCUGGCUGAGGGACCAGAUCGGCGUGGUGGGGCAGGAGCCGGUCCUCUUCGCCACUACCAUCGCUGAGAACAUACGCCUCGGCUGCACCGCCGCAUCCAUGGAGGAGAUCGAGGCAGCUGCAAAGGAAGCCAAUGCUCAUAACUUCAUCAUGAAGCUUCCAAAGAAAUACGAGACAAACGUGGGCGAGAGAGGUGCACAGAUGUCAGGCGGCCAGAAGCAGCGUAUCGCCAUUGCUAGGGCGCUGGUGAAGCAGCCACGAGUCCUGUUGUUGGACGAAGCCACCUCAGCCUUGGACAACCAGAGUGAAGCCAUUGUGCAAAAGGCUUUAGACAAGGUACGAAAGGGUCGCACGACCAUAGUGGUGGCCCACCGUCUCUCGACCAUCAAGACAGCUGACAAAAUCGUCGUCUUCAACGAAGGAAAAAUUGUAGAAAAGGGAACACACGAAGAAUUAAUGGGUCUGAAAAGUAACUACUACAAUCUAGUUAUGGCACAGAUUGGCCCAGCUGAAUUACAAAACCCAAAUGACAUGAAGUACGCAGACGACACCAGCCUCAACAACCUACCUGACGUCACGAGCAUCGCUGACAUAACGCAAGACAUCAUGGAUGACCUGACCACCAUGUCACCAGCUACUCUCACUCGGUCACCCUCUGCCAGACUAUCCCUCAGGCGCCGCAGGGCGUCAUCAGUCAAAUCGGUCAAAUCAAUUAAAUCUGCCAAGGGCGUGGUUGAGGAACCAAAGGAGGACGGCGACUAUCAGGAGGUCUCCACUUGGAAAAUCAUGAAGCUGAAUUCCACAGAAUGGCCCUACAUGGUCGGGGGAGUUUUAGGAGCAGCCAUACAGGGAACGACUCUUCCGAUAUACGCGAUUCUCUUCGGUGAAGUUUUUGGAACUUUGUCGAUCAUCGACGAAAAGGAGGCCAGGGCAGAGGCGAACUACUAUGCUCUUCUGUUCCUCAUCCUGGGAAUCAUUGCGGCUAUAUCUAUGUUCUUCCAGGCGUACAUGUUCGCUCUGUCUGGCGAGAUCCUGACUUCUCGUCUACGGAAGCUGUCCUUCGCCUCGAUGCUCCGCCAGGAGAUGGGGUGGUUUGACCAGGAAAAGAACUCCGUCGGUUCCUUGUGCUCUCGGCUCUCGGGAGAUGCCUCUGCUGUCCAAGGGGCUACGGGGUCACGCGUGGGCACUGUCGUCCAGGCUGUGUCGACGCUGGGCGUGAGCACGGGACUGGCUCUGUAUUAUGACUGGAGGAUGGGACUCGUGUCGUUCCCUUUCAUUCCGCUUACGCUGGUCGCUGUCUACCUGCAGAGCAAGAUCCUUAUGGGGCAGAGCGUCACGGAGUCCAAAGUGCUCGAAGAGGCUGGAAAGAUUGCAAUCGAUUCCAUCACGAACAUCCGCACGGUUGCGAGUCUGCACAAGGAGGAACACUUCUCCUCGGAGUACUCGCUCGCUCUUUUGGAGCCGCACAGGGAAGCUCUCAAGAAGUCACACUUGAGAGGUGCCGCUUUUGGGUUUGCUCAGUCGAUGCCAUUCUACGCCUACGGUGCCAUGAUGUUCUAUGGCGGAUACCUGAUCUCAGUGGACGAGAUCGAUUACGAAAGAGUCUUCAAGGUCACGGAGGCCUUCAUCCUGGGAGCGAUGAUGGUCGGGCAAGCCAUGGCCUUCGCCCCGAAUUACAGCAAGGCCAAAGUCGCUGCCUCCAAAAUAUUCCACCUCCUGCGCCGGAAGUCUGAAAUCGACGCCUCGACGAAUGCCGGCCUACGUCUGAGCGGUCCAGUAGAGCAAAUUGAAAUCCGAGACGUGCACUUUGCGUAUCCAACACGACCGACCACCAGCAUUCUGUCGGGACUGAGCAUAACAGUCACUCAGGGACAAACGCUGGCUCUCGUCGGCAGUUCGGGCUGCGGGAAGUCGACUAUCAUAGGCCUACUGGAGAGGUUCUACAAUGCCCACGGCGGCAAAGUGAAUAUAAACGGGCAAGAAGUUCAGAGCCUCAGUGUGUCGUGGAUCAGAAGCCAGUUCGGUCUCGUGUCCCAAGAGCCAGUUCUCUUUGACUUGUCCAUAGCAGAAAACAUCGCCUACGGAGACAACUCUAGAAAAGUCAGUAGAGAGGAGAUCGCUGCUGCUGCCAAACAAGCCAAUAUCCACGCUUUCAUCGAUUCCCUUCCAAAUAAAUAUGAAACGAGAGUCGGAUCAAAGGGCUCUCAGUUGUCUGGCGGACAAAAGCAGAGAAUUGCCAUAGCCAGAGCUCUCGUCAGGAACCCUAGCGUCUUGCUGCUGGAUGAGGCCACGUCCGCUCUGGACACGGAGAGUGAAAAGGUCGUCCAGGAAGCGCUGGAGCGUGCCCAGAAAGGUCGUACGAGCAUCAUCAUUGCACAUCGUCUGUCCACAAUCCAGGGUGCCGACGUCAUCGCAGUGGUGCAGGGAGGAACCAUCACGGAGAUGGGGUCUCACUCGGACCUAAUGCAGAAAAGAGGAGAAUAUUAUCAACUAUAUCAAACACAUAACUAAUUCUAGGAUGAUUUGUUUAUUGUUAUUGCAAAUUACACAGUGCCAUAAAACACUUAUAGAGUAGAUUUCUCAAUCAUAUAUAACUCUGAUUAAGAUAUGUUAACUUUUCCCAAAGAUUUUAUAGCAGGUAGAGCAACAGUGAAGUUUGAAAGCUUCUUGGAUGAAGUGAAGAGAGAGAUGUCGAGUCAGUACUGGGGGAGAAGUGAGAAGCCACGACAGCCAAGAGUGGAUUGCGCAUAUCCCUGAGGCCAGUCCGGACUUGUAAUUCAGCAUGGACUUCGAAAAGGAAAAGAGAACACAGUGGAUAACCCUAAGGCCAAUCUGGACUUGUAAUUGGGUGUGGACUUUGAAAAGGAAAAAUGACUCCAAGUAGAUCAUAGAUCCUGGAGGAAGAAAUGUUUGACGGAGGGGAGGGAAGGGACGUCCAAAUCAUAACUGACAAGUAAAGAGCAGGUGAAAGAUAGUAGACCCAUUAUAGAACGAUGGAUUAGGUAGAGAACAGUGUGGAGACCUGUGUAAAGGGUUUUGGACUGGAAGAGGGACAUGCAGUAGGUAGGAGCUCUUGGAAAUAAGAGUGUAUAGCAUUUUAUACAGUAUUAGCUUUAUGCCAUGUACCUGUUGUUAUAUAAUGUGCGACUAUAUUGGAGAAAAUAAAAUGUACAUUUAUUA